CCAGUCAUGCCAACUUUUUGGCCUUUUUGAUUUUUAGAGAACUGAUAAAAACGACUAUGCAUCGAUCAGAGUAUACUGCUAAUUCAAAUAAUCAGGGCAUUUGUAGCGUUUUGUAAUCCUUUUGUAAACAUCCUUUGUAGUUAUUCUUGGCUCUGUCCUGGCCGCCGCUUGAAAGCAGCUCCAACCGCUUACAAAAAACACCAUCAUUCGAUGCUAUUCAGAAUCCCCGACUCGAUCUCCUCAACCAACCAACCACACCACCACUCCCUCGAAAUGUCACGUCCCCUCCUCCGCCCUCUGCGAUCCUGUCGCAGUCCACUUCUCUCCUCCUCCCGUUGCUCUCAGAAAACAUUCCUCCCAUCCAUCACCGCGCCAAUCUCCCGCAACCAACAACACCUCCGUCAACCCGCACUCCGAUCCCAUUCUCCUAACCACCGUGCCUACCACUCCCACCAUCACCCCGACCCCCCGCCACAUGAAUACACCAAUUCGCAAACAACUAUUCUCACCGCUGCCCUGAAGCAUGUUCCCUCCCUCGGCUUCACCCGGGACGCCCUCACCCUCGGCGCCCGCGACACGGGCUUCCUAGACGUCUCCAUCCAGCUCCUCCCCCGCGGCGAAUUCGACCUCAUCCUAUUCUGGCUCGCUAGUCGACGAGGUCUUCUCCGCGCGGCCGUUGAGCAGAAAGGCCUCCUAGCGGGAUCUCAAUCCCUCUCCGUUGAGGACAAAACCAAAGCACUGAUCAUGGAGCGGCUGCGGAUGAAUUCGGAUAUUCGACAUAAAUGGCAAGAUGCUCUAGCGCUCAUGUCCAUGCCCUCGAAUAUCCCGCUCUCCCUCUCAGAACUGCACGCCCUCUCCUCGGAUAUCCUCCAUCUAGCGGGCGACACCUCCGUCGAUGCGUCCUGGUAUACGAAGCGUCUCUCCGUUAGUGCGAUCUAUGCCUCUGCCGAAGUGGUCAUGACCCAAGACUCCAGCCCCGAUCUCUCGGCCACAGAGGCAUUCGUGACUCGGCGGGUUGAGGAUAGCAAAGCCAUUGGGGAUAAGCUCAGUGGUGCAAAGCAGUGCUUGGGAUUCAUGGGGACGACGGCCGUAGGCCUGGGGCGGAGUUGGGGACUGAAGAUUUGAUUUUAAUCUCGUUUAGUCGAGUACGAUGCUGUUGUAUUUCUAACAUGUAGGUGUGGUGUGGUUCGAAGAACUAUGUGUAUUAUAUCCUUUUUAAAUCUUCGGUUAUAGCUUGUUGAUUAUAACUGCAAUGGACAGUGACGGACGGAAUAACGCCGUCUUUCCUUUUCUGGCUAUCAAUAGGAGCCUUGAUUAGUUGGGCCAUCAUUAACUAAAUGAUUCACAUAG